AUGGAGAUUCCUUGGAUCAAAUUGCUUCCAGGCUUGGAUAAGCAUGAGGCUAUUUUAAAUUCUGGUGGCUGCCAUGAAGAUGGUUAUGACCAUGAAACCAAAGGGGAAAUUGAUGCUCUUCAUAGUAUGGGAGGGCUGGUGUGCGUCUUGGUUUGCUUGCUGCCUUCCACUUUCUCCAAGGACUGCAUCUUUUGUGAAAUUACUUCCUCAACAAUAUGUCCUGGCCUCAGGAUGAGCUGCGCUGAAGACGAAGACUGCUUUGUGGGCGAAGGGGUGGCCUUGGGGGUUUCAGACAUCCUGAACAAGGGGUGUACCCGCUCCAUCAACUGUGGCAAAGAGCAACCUAUUGCCUACAUGGGUGUCACCUACAGCUUGGUCACCAACUGUUGUAAGGGGAAUUUGUGCAAUGGGGCUCAGUCCCUGAGACGCCCUUCCCUUUUCCUUCAGUUUGCCCUCAUCAGCCUCCUGAUGAGACUCCUCUGA